GUUUCACACAUCAACAAAAUCUACACUUACUUAACUUUGUGUAUCUGUAUCUCACCGAGAGUUUUAACAUAAACAAGACGUUACAGCGACUCGUUUGGCUGCAUAACUACAAAUCCCACAAUCCUCCCAACCUAACGUACGUACUUUCUGGAACCUUGACGACUCUUCGGACGCAGCUCACGUUUCGAGAAUAGCUAGGUUAACUUGCUAACGUCAGUUAAACACAGCACACCUUUCGGACAGUUCACAUCGCAGGGGUCAUUAAUUUGAGGUGCUUGCUGUUGGCAUCGCCACAUUAGUUUAGUAAGACCUGAACCUGCAGUGCCUGUUUGCUGUGCGCCAAUGGGGGCAUUACAAAAGAGCACAACGCGAACCGGAGACUAGCUAGAAAACAACAACAACAAAAACACCAAGGGGCAGGGCGGCUGCACAGGUCGGUCUGUCAUGAUAUAUGUUUCUGGUUAACUUAUUAACAGCUGUUAAUAAGCGCAGGGAUGAAGGUGUCUCCCUGUGUCGUGCUAAAUUAAUUGCCAUUUUUAUCUGUAACGCGAUACUAACGGCGUCAUGCAACGGCGUUUUAGCUAUUAUAGCUGUUAGCUGUCCUCAUGUAACGGUAGACAUAUUAAUAACUUUUGCGUCAUGUAGGUUACAAAAAAUACCCACAUCAACUCAUCUGACUGGUAUCACAACUGACCUUCCAGAUCAGAUCUGUUCGUAGUUUUCUACCGGUGUCUCUUCCAAUCAUUUCAUCGACGGGGCCACCAUGCAUCACUCUGCUCCGCCAAGCAGUGAAGUAGGGUUUCCGCCAGCCAUGUAUUCAUUUUCAGGCCCAACGAGCCUUCCUGAGUUUGACCUCGGACCUCCAAGUACGUCUGGUCACUUGCAGAGAGCCACUCUCUCUAACAACAGCUGGGAGACAAGAUGCCUCAGGAAGAACAGGAGGAGAGUUGAUGAUGAGGGAUGCAGUGCCAAAAGGAGGAGGUUAAUGUUGGAGGCAGAGGUGGACUUUGCAGAGAACUCGUGCACCAGCACUUGUCUUGACUUACCGGCAGCAAACAGCUGCCCUCCUGUGCCUGCACAGGACCGCCCUGCACCUCCGCAGCCCUGCACAGGGUCUCAGGACUUGACUCUGCCGCAGCCCCCCUCUGCUCUGUCACGAUCGGAGACCGAGAGCUCCUGCAUGGAGAUAGAGGCAGCUCAGAGGAAACUUCAGGAGAUCGAAGACAGAAUAACGUUGGAGGAUGAUGAUGAGGAUGAAGAUCUGGAUGUAGAGCCAGCCCCAAGACGACCAGUGCUGGUGAUCUCUGAUAGUCUGAAGGAGGGUCUACAGCGUGGCAUCACUGACAUCCUACCCCACACAGUAGCCCAGUCUGUGAGCCAUUCCUGCAUGGAGUUGGUGUUGUGGCGACCACCGGAUGAUCCCUUCUGUCGGAAGCGAAAGAGCUCAUUACAGAAACAGUGUAAACAACAGACGGCACCUCGGCAGGCCCUGACUCCAUGUCCGUCUCCCGCCCCUCACAGUCCGCUCAGCCCCUCCAGUCCCCCUGCAGACACACACUCUUCUCUGUACAGCUUUCCUGUGGCCCCCAACUCUGGAGAGGAGGACAUGGAAAUGUAACAGUGCUUGAUGGCUUGAAACGUCAUGCCAAAGUAAAAGACUGGACAUGUACCGUAGUCAUACAGAAGACUCUAAAGGACCUUUGAAGACACACUUGAAGUUGGUCAGUUUAGCAAGACGUAUUGACGUUAAAUGAAUAUUGUGCUGUUUUUUGGUCAAUUUGUCGAACACAUCUUUUACUUUACAGUCACUCAGUUUAAGCUUUUGGACUUUCAACUAUAUGUAAGAUGUAACAUUCAUUCAAUAAACAAUUUUGUGCAACUUACAGAAUUGAUUUUGCCCUUAGAAACAAGAUGAUUUGUACAUAAUUUUGCCAAACCUGGUCAGUGACACUCUGAUGUACAGUAAAUAUGACUUUGUAAUAUAUCAGCGUGCAGCACCUGAAUUUUGUAUAAUUUGUUGUUGAGCUUCAGGGCAUCGUUAACGGGACACUUAAGUUGGUUCACAUUUGCUCACAGCAUGGCUUCCUCCUUGCAGUUGUACUUAUGGUAGAAAGAUAAUCUUCCUCUCGUUGCAUAGCAAGUACACCAUUUUCGAGCUUUGAGGAAUUUUGUAAAGAGGUAAUGGAAAUGUACCUUUUUGUUAUAUGAUUGUAUUUUCAUAUGUACAUUACCAGAACUGCAAUUGGCCAUUCAGUGUUAUUACUUUCUAUUUGUUUCUAAAUAAACUCUGGUCCCCGCAGAGAC